AUGCGGACGACGAGCAGAGCGUUGAUGUAUGGAUUGUACGAUGAAUUUCAGAUCUCGCUAAAAUGUCCGCAUGCACCGCCCAACUCAUCAUUCUCAAUUUGCCAUGCACAAGCAGCGUUUUUAUCAGGAGUAUGCGAAGCAAUGUUAUGUCCGCUGGAACGGGUUCAAGUGCUUCUUCAGACGACCAAAUUUCAUGACAAAUUCAAGAAUACACUGCAUGCGUUCAGUCGGCUACGAGAAUACGGAUAUCGGGAAUAUUACAGAGGAUUUUCAGUAAUUCUCGUAAGAAACAGUUUAUCGAACACACUUUUCUUUACUCUCAGAGAUCCGUUGAAGCAGAGAAUAGUUGAUCUUCCACAAACCAGUCGAUUACCCGUUUCUCUUCAACAUUGGAUCGGAGAUUUCAUAGCUGGAUCACUUCUCGGUGCCACUAUAUCCACUGCAUUCUUCCCGUUAGGAGUCAUCAAAAAUCAUAUGCAAGCCAAGGUCGGCGUAAAGUACGACAGCAGUAUUCAAGUGUUCCGAGACGUGUGGCAACUUCGUAAUCGUUCCUUGCGCGGUCUCUAUCUCGGUGUUCACCUGAAUUUCACACGAUCCCUCGUCGCUUGGGGAAUCAUCAAUUCGAUGUAUGGAAUUCUUCGAAGAGCGCUCGCCCCGUUUGAAAAAUGA